UUAUCACUGACCAAAGGGUUUAAUCAUUCAUUUCCAUUCCACCACCGCAACAACCUCAAUCGGAAAAAAUGGCGUCGCCUCUAUCGUCGAUUCUCAGAGUUCGAUUUGCCUCCACCAUCGCCGCAUCUUCUCACGGCAAGGUACGAUUUUCUCGCCCCUUCAUUUCUGUUCCCAAAACCCUAAUCCGAAGCCCCUCUUUCCCCAUCAUCAGAACCCUAUCAACCUCCGCCAUACCCGACGAUUUCCAGAGGCCGAAUACCCAGCAGCCCUCUACCUCUUCAUUCAAUUACAAUCAGAACCCUGAUAAUCAGUGGGCCCCACGGAACAAUGAAUUCGGGAGCCCUAGUAAUCAGCGGAACAGUAAUUUGCAGAAUCAGGGAUAUAGUAGUAGUGGUUACACCAAUGGUGGAGUGAAUCAGGGUUACCCGGGUCAAGGAGGUUUUAAUUCGGGUCAGGGCGAUCCAUUACAACGGGCAGCAAACCCUAGCCCUAAUUUUUCCAAUCAAGGGUUUCGGCAGAACCAGAAUUACCCUCCUCCCAGUGGAAAUGUUAGUCAGUGGAGCAACAAUCAAAAUCAAGGAUAUGGCCGAAAUCCUGCUCCAAUUCCGGAUAGGAAUUAUCCUCCACAAGGAGGGUUUCAGAACCAGGCUUAUCCGCAAAUCCCGAAUCAGAACCGUGAGCUUCCAAAUGGAGGUGCAAAUCAAUGGAAGAAUGAACAUAAUCAAAACCCUAAUAUGGGCUACCCACAACAACAGCAACAAAACCAGAACCAGUGGGGAUCACAAGGGCAGCCCAUUGGAAAUAAUCAGCUCCAGAACCAAGGUCCGGUCACUAGCAAUCAGGCGGGCCCACUUGAUGUUGUUGACUUACUGAGUUUGUGCAGAGAAGGUAAGGUUAAGGAAGUGAUAGAACACCUGGACCAGGGUGUGCGUGCAACUGCCGAGUGUUUCAGCUUGCUUUUCCAGUUAUGCGGCAAUUCGAAGAAAUUUGAGGAUGCGAAAAAGGUGCACGACUAUUUCUUGAGGUCAACUUUCAGGAGCGAUUUGCAAUUGCAGAAUAAGGUGCUGGAGAUGUACUCAAAGUGUGGGAGCAUGACAGAUGCACGCCGAGUGUUUGAUCAUAUGACCGACAGAAACAUGGAUUCUUGGCAUUUGAUGAUGAAUGGGUACGCGGUGAAUGGUCUUGGGGAUGACGGACUGGCAUUGUUUGAGCAGAUGAGGAAGUUAGGUUUGCCACCAAACGAGCAAACUUACCUCGUUGUUCUAGAAGCUUGUGCCAGCGCCGAAGCAAUCGAAGAGGGAUUUAUACAUUUCGAGGCAAUGAAGGAUUACGGUAUUUCUCCUGGUAUUGAGCAUUACCUGGCACUAUUAGGUGUUCUUGGAAAAUCGGGACAUCUAACCGAAGCCGAGGCUUAUAUCAAAACUCUUCCGUUUGAACCCACAACUGUUAUUUGGGAGGCAUUAAUGAACUAUGCUCGUAUACAUGGAGAUAUUGACCUCGAAGACCGUGCAGAGGAGUUGAUGGUCAACAUUGACCCUUCGAAGGCUAUCACAAACAAGAUUCCCACUCCACCACCGAAGAAGCAAUCUGCUGUCAACAUGCUUGUGGGGAGGAACAGAAUACCCGAGUUUCGCAACCCUACUCUGUACAAGGAUGACGAAAAAUUGAGGGCCGCGAAAAAAGAGCAAGCGUAUGUGCCUGACACAAGGUAUGUUCUUCACGACAUUGAUCAAGAGGCGAAAGAGCAGGCACUGCUCUACCACAGCGAGCGUCUGGCGAUUGCUUACGGUCUCAUUAGUACUCCUGCGCGGACCCCACUGCGUAUUAUUAAGAAUCUACGAGUUUGUGGUGACUGUCACAAUGCGAUCAAGAUAAUGUCAAGAAUAGUCGGGAGAGAGUUGAUUGUUAGGGAUAACAAAAGGUUUCAUCAUUUCAAGGAUGGCAAAUGCUCUUGCAAUGACUACUGGUAAGUUCACAAUGAUCAGGUCAUGUCUGGAAGGGCGGUACUGUAAUUUCCAAUGUGGAGCUUUGGAGGUGAAAUUAAUUUAGUUCUUAUUUAUCUCUCACUGGCAGUUUAGUUUGUAAGGUGCCUACUGUAGGUAUGUUUUUUUUCCCCGAACAUCUCAGAUAAUAUUGUUUUAAGUUCUUUCUUCA